UGAGAGUAGCCAUCUUCUGUGCUCUGCUGCCACUUUCGGAAGCCAUUCACUCCAUCUAUUUGUAGAUGUGGAAAAUACCAAAUUGACUAUGUCCUUCCUAUUGUUUGUCAUGCACCUGGAGAAUAAAUGCUACACACUCUAGUAAAACCUAAUGGACGGUCUUUCCUUGAUGUAUCUGAAGAUGAAGUAAUACAAACUGUCCGUAAGGACAACAUAAAGCAGCCUGUGGACACAGAAAAGAAGAAUGAAAAGUCAAAGAAAAAAAAGAAAUCAAAGGGAGAUUCCAAAACGGUUCAGGAUUCAUCUCGUCAGGAUGGAAAGGAAGUUGAUGAAGGAGCUUGGGAAACAAAAAUCAGUAACAGAGAGAAGCGUCAGCAGCGUAAGCGAGACAAAGUGCUGAAUGAUGGUGGCUCAGGAGAAUCAAAUCUCCAGGGUGUAGAAAACACAGUUACUGUAUCCAUUGAACAGCUGAUGCCUACAUCAUCACUUCCAGUUGGUCUCAGAAAAAAUAAAGGUGAUGUACUUUUGAAUGCACAGAUUAACAGUUCUAAACCUGCAAAGGGGGAGUCAUCAGUUCCACAAGUUUCUUCAGGAUUGAGUGAAAGCCAUACAGUAAAUGGAGGAAGCUGGAAUGAGAAGUCUGUAAAAAUCUCCUCACAGAUUGGUGUAGGGGAGGAGAAAUGGACAUCUGUUCCUUCAACUGCAGCUGGGAAGAGGAAGACUGAGACAUUGGCUUGGGGCCAAGACACUGGAGAUGCUAAUGGAAAUGGAAAGGACUGGGGUGUAAGCCUGGUGGGCAGGCCCUGGAAAGAGCGUUCUUUGUUCACUCCUAUUGCUGCUUGGAAUGUGGAUACAAGGAUUAAUACCUCUGAACAGAAUACUACUUCUUUCUCUUCAUUUGGAUUAACUCCUGGAGUUUCUGGUUCCAACAGUGAAUCAGUUUCUCAGGCUGGUACUUCUGAUUUUCAGUGGGAUUUAAGUCAUGCUCAACCCCCUGUUGAUGACGAAUGGUCUGGGUUAAAUGGACUUUCUUCAGCUGAUCCAAGCUCCGAUUGGAAUGCACCAGCAGAAGAGUGGGGAAACUGGGUAGAUGAAGAAAAAAUUGCUUCUGUUCCUCAGCGUGAAGAGAGAUCUGAUACUCAGAAGAUCUCAGAUAAUGAAAGAGAAAAAGCGGAGCCAAUUCUUCAGAGUUCUGCAAGUGGCAAAUCCAAGAAAAAGAAGAAGAAAAAGAAGAAGCAGGGUGAAGAAGCUAACUCUCCUGCACAGGAUGCUGAAGAACUGGAUAGAGAAGCUGGAGAGCAGUUUCAGGCGGAUACCUCAAAAGUUCAAGCACAGCAGGAAAGAGCUUUUUCUUUGAAGACCAUAAGUACUAGUGAACCAGCUAAGUCUGAGGAGGCUCCUUCACUUGCUGUUUCUACUGAGCCAUCUGUAAUUGUAUCAGAGAGCAAUUCUGACAAGAUCGCUUCCCAAGUGCCACAGAUGCUGCAAGAGACAGAUGCUUCUAGUCCCAAUAUUAAGCAAAACAGUGUGCCUCCUCCGCAGACAAAGUCUGAAGAAAGCUGGGAAUCUCCCAAACAAGUUAAAAAGAAGAAAAAAGCAAGAAGGGAAACGUGAAUUUCCUGAGAUGGACAUGUGUUGCUGAAUAUUGUCAUGAAGAUUAUGCUGUUUAUGCAAUAAUUUGUGAACAUGUACAGAAUUUUAUAUAGAUUUCAAACAAUUUUUAAAAACAGAACUGCUGUGAACACAAACAUCUUUAAAAAGGAAUCAAAUGAAAGUAACUUUAUGAUAUAGCAAACAGAACAUGCUACAUUUGAAAGACAUUCUGAAGAAUCUGUUUUUCCAACUUUUGGAGAGAGAUCUUAAUUAAAAAAAAACUGGUUUUACAACACAGUGCCCUGUUUACAACAGAUUAUACUCUCAUCUACAGCUGCGGAUAAAAGAUUAAUUUCAAGGAAGGGUUUUCUGUAAAAAUUAUUGUCUGUACAAUAGUGGGUGUUUCUUGCCUCUCUUAUGAGUGGUGCAUUAGAAGCACAGAAUGUCAACCAUAUGAAUUUGUUUCAUGCCUAAAUCAAAGUGCUUUGAUUAAAUACAUAAUCUGCCAUAUCUUUACAGUAAGUUGGUUAGCAAAUCUGCUAGCUAUUGCAGGAAUCACAAGUGCAAAUCAUUAACCAUUUGUACAGUCAGACCUUCAUGGUUUAUUAUAUGAAGUUAACACAAUAAAACUGCUUUGGGUUAAAAGUUUGAGAAUGUGAUUUGAAACUUGAGUAUGGUUCAUGAAAUUAUUUUUUAUAAUGUCUAUUACCUUACUUGAAUUAUUGAAGAUAACAGUAUAUUUUUAAGAAUGCAGUAAUGUGCAUAAAAUUGGUUUUCUUUCUCAUUCCCUGCACUUCUUGGUUGAUUCAGGAUCCCAUCUAAAAACUGUAUUCUUUCAACUUCUAAACUCAUGAAAUGAACUGAAAUCAAACUUUCCCUUCUUCUAACACUUGUUGGCUUACUGUACCCAAUUCCCUUGUUUAUAUUACUAAAACUCUGAACAAAGCAAAGUGAAUUUUUCACUCACAAAUUAUUUGGAUUUCAAAGAUCUGUUGGAGAACUGGCGUAGCUUCAGACAGCUUUAAUUGACAAAAACAGUUAUCAGGAACACAUUUUUUUACUGCCUUAACCUGUAGGAUGUAGAAUGUGUCUAGACUUCUGGACAGGAGUUAGUGUUUUUAUAUUAAAAAAAUAAAAAAUUAUGCAAGUAAAGCAGUUGUAAAAUAAAGACCAUUUCCCACUUGAAACUGUUAAUUAAAAUGGCAUUGAAGAUGUGUUGUCAUUUUCAGGCACUGUAAUGACGGGGUAUUGAACUGGAGAUGUGUUUGUGUCUGUAAGGUACAGGCUCAGCCAUGUACACUGUAAAUAGCCUUUACAAAAAUUGGUUUGCUAAGGAUGGUAUUUAACAUCAGCGGGUAAGUUCAGUUAAAGAGUCAGGAUUCUUUUCAAAUGAUUGACUUCUGGUUUUGUGGCACAAACAGAAUUGUUAACAGCUGUAACACAUGGUACUGAUCAACAGUUGUGUGCUCUUACUGUACUCAACUGCAGUUAGACAGUAUUGCAAGGCAAGAGCAGAUAAUGCAGCAAGCUGGGUUUAAUUGUACUGAAAAUGCACCUGCUAAUGGGGAGCUUUCCUAAUAAAAGGAUACUAACGUGCACAGGUGUUAAUUCCUGUAUAUCAGGAACAUCACACUCUAAAUUGACCUGUUAAAUUAAGCAUAUUGACAGUAUUGAUUUAUUUACUGGGAGGGAGUAAUGUUUAAGAGUGGUAUUUGUCAUGAUUCACAUAAAUUUAGAACUGAAGUACAGCUUUUCAAAGAGUAUCUUAAGGUAAACAUGAAAAAUAGGAUAUUACGAAGUCAUGCGGAGUCCUUUGCACGUAAACAAUAUUAUAAUUUUACUUGUCUUCAUAGUAAAGGUUUAAAAAUACCCUUUGAAUUCAGGUUUUUAAUGUGUGUCUGAAAUCUGUUUCCAGUCUGUGUUAUGCUGUGAGCCUCUUUUAUAGAAAAUACAAAGAUUUUAUGUCAUGAAAGAGGCUGCCCCCAAGGACUUUCACUGCAUAAAUUAUUUUUUUUCCUCUUGAAAAUAAAAUUGGUGAUAUUUCUGAGUUAGUCGAAUAGCUUGUCAUUCUGGAAAAACUCAUACUAGCUAAAACAUAGGAACCCUGCUAACUAACUGCUACUGCUAAGCAGGGUCAUAUAAAUACAUAGCCUUCCUUUCAAAAUGACAUUACCUAUUUAGCAGCACCUCUUACUGUUUUCUUAAUGUGCAGUUUCAAUGUCUUAGAAAGCAAAACUUGCUUUAUUUUGACAUUCAUUUAAGAGGUAGUAACUAUAUCGUAUUGUCUAUAAAUAGAAACUUGGUUAUCUAUGUACUGUCAUGUUUCUAUGAUUCAAGCAGUGGUUAGUCUUAAUGAUACACUGAAUCCAGACUUUGGUACUUGGAUAGAACAAAAAACAUAAUUUUAAAGAAGCUUAAUCAUUUUUUUUCUUUUUUCUUUGGGUUUAUUGUUUCUGUUGUUGAAUGCAUGGAAUGGUUUCAUAAAUCCAAUAUGUUGUUUUUUUCUAAAUACUCUGGAAUUAUUUGUAUGUGUAAUUUAAACUUGUGAUGAUGUGUAAUUGGAUAGUCAUGGCAUAUUUUUAUUUCUUUUGUGGGGAGGGAAAGGUGUACAGAAUUCAUAUGUGCUUGUUACAAAGGUAACUGUGCAUUAGUUUGGAGGGGGGUGAAAACUGUAUUUCUGAUGCCCUUUUAGAAGUCUAAAAAAAAGUGCAAGUGAAGAGCACUACUUUAAUAUUUACUAAGAAAGAAUGUACAUAUUAAAAGCAUUUCAAAAUUUAUAGAAAUAUUGCUAGUACUGUUGUGUUGUAACUGAAUUGUAUCUCAUUUGAAACUGCCCUAUUAAUCGUUCCUAGCCAUGAAUAAGGCUUUUGAAAAGUGCAGCCAUCAGAGUACAUGGUUUAAGCAGACUUUCAUCUAUUGGUUGUUGUGCCUUUAACUCAACUAGGUUGCCAAUCAAGAUUUCAGCUGUUAAAAAUUUCAGGUCUCAGACACUUGUACCCAUGAGUCUCCUGCUGGUGACCAGUGAAUAAAAAUGAGCAGUUCUGGUUUUUCAGGCCAGUACUAAAAGA